AUGGCCGCCAACAACAACGCGGGCGCCCCGGCAAGGACCGAUCAUCUCUUGGACGGUCUGAACGCCGUAAGCACUCACCUUACUUCACCAAACUUCCUUCGACAACUGACUGCGUCCCGUCUGCCGUCGGCUGCGGUGAGCGAUUCGUCGUCCUUGAGCCCCACCAAAGACGAAGCACGGUCGCGUGCACGCAAGCCGGACUUCAACAUCGCCGUCGCGCUCGAAGAUGAAAUCGAGAACGCAGACCUGAUCGCUCCCCUGAUUCAAGAGCCUUGUGCCGACGGUAGCACAGGUAGCAUUGAGCAGCGCGUCGUCGACCACCUAGAGGUGAACUUUGUGGACGCGCAUCGCGUCUACGCCAAGAUGGCUGCAGCGCAGAGCUUCCAGACCUUCUCGCAUGGCCACCAGGACCUCGUACUCGCCGUCGACUUCAAUUACUUCGGCACACGCAUGGUCACGGCAAGUUCAGACCACCGUGCCAAGGUCUGGGACAAGAAGGACGAUUCGUGGACCCUCGUCGAGAGCUGGAAGGCUCACAAUGCUGAGAUCAUCGAUAUCAAGUGGAACGGCCCGUUCAUGGGCGAGGUCGUCGGCAGUAUUGGUGAAGAUGGCCACUGCAAGAUCUGGCAAGAGGAUGCUACUGAGGUAGCCAUAUCUGGCAAUCGCUUCAAGCUGAUCUACAACCUGCAGUCAUUGACCAACGCUCCAUUCAUGUCUUUGGACUUUAAGAACAUCAUGCAGGAGACUUGGCUCGCGCUCAUCACCCGCGACGGCUACCUCACUGUGUAUGAGCCUCAAGACCAGAGUAACCUCCAUGAGUGGACUAUCCUGGCAGAGCGCUGGGUCUCCGAGAACAAUCCCCCAGAGCGUCAAGAUGAAGUGGGCUUCAAGGUCGUUUUUCACAAGGAAAAGCUGCCCUGCUGGACCGCCAUCACCGCUGGCCUCGAUCGCAAGUCGCUAUCCCUCGCUGUUGCCGCUAUGAAGGACGUCCUCGUCUUCCGCACUGACAAGGCCAAGCGCUUCUUCCAGGUUGCAAAGCUGGAGGGUGCACGCCAGAUCAUUCGAGACUUGGCUUGGGCUAACGGCUCUAUGCGGGGCUACGACAUCUUGGCCACAGCUAGCAAAGACGGAGCUAUUCGCAUCUAUGAGCUUCGCACGCAGACCGAUGAUAAGAACGCUCCGCCUGGGACUGCAUCGUCAUCGGCUCCGCUGUCAGUAUCUCCGCGAGGUCAUCGACAGAACGCACCGUCUGGAAUAGGAGCUGGACUGGCCGGAGCUUCGAAGGCUCCCGAUGCGUCUCUCGAAAACGAGCAGUAUCCUGGUCGCAUCAAGCAGAAGUCAGAGAUGACAGAUGAGCUGACCAACCAUCACGGAGCAGUUUGGCGUGUCACAUUCUCACAGAUGGGUGAUCUUCUCGUUACUACUGGAGACGAUGCCAGCAUUCGCACCUGGAAGAAGGCCGCUGACGGCCACUGGCAGGAAUACGCCCAGAUUGAGACCGUUGAAGACUAG